AUGACUAGCCUCAACCAGAUCAGUACCAAGUACUUUGAACGACUCUUCAUCACCAAGAACAACAAGUCAGAUGAACGGAAACCCCGAGUCCUACUCGUGGACAAACACACCACUUCCAUUCUUUCCCUAAGCUAUACCCAAUCCCAAUUACUUGAACAUGAUAUCAUUCUUAUUGAGUUGAUCACCAACCACCAGAACUUGAAGCAAAUGAAGAACUUGGAUUGUAUAGUGUACAUCAAGCCCACCGCUGACUCCAUCAACCACUUGGUCAAAGAGUUGAGCCAACCCCAUUACUCCAAAUACCAAGUGUAUUUCAAUAACAUUAUCACCAAACAGAACCUUGAGAAGAUAGCCGAACUGGAUGACUUGGAAGUGAUUGUCAGGGUGAUGGAAUUGUUCCAGGAUUAUCAGGUGAUCAACGAUAACUUGUAUCAACUUGAAAAUGACCGUGAUGAUAUAAUUGAUGAAUCCAACCAGUUAGUUAGCUUGCUAUUGGCUUUGAAGAAGUGUCCUAUAAUCUUUUAUGAAACCAAACUGAAUAUUGAGUUACGGAAACUUGGUAGUGAGAUCCUCUAUCAAAUCAAUUUGAACUCUAAUAACAAUCUAUUUGAUGAUGUUAACAGUAACUUAGACACUCCCCCGGUUUUGUUGAUACUUGAUAGAGAUAAUGAUCCUAUCACGCCUUUGAUAUAUCCUUGGACAUAUCAAUCCAUGAUCCAUGAGUUUAUAGGUAUUGAAAAUAAUACUAUUGCUUUGGCUGCUGAUGCAAACGGUGCUGCUGCCCCUGCUGCUGUAACUCUUUCAGACAAAUUCUACCAACUGUCAAUCUACUUAAACUACGGUGAUAUCAACGACAAAUUCCAAACUUAUGUUGAACAAUAUAAAAAGGAAACCAAACAAACAAGCGUCAUCAACAACAAUAAUCUUCAAGACCUCAAGAAGUUAUUAACGAAAUUCCCGGAAUUCAAGAAAUUAUCCAACAAUAUCUUGAAGCAUUUGAACAUCUUGACCAAAUUAGAUGAACAAAUCAACCACCAAAACCUUUGGGAAAUUGGUGAAUUGCAACAGAUUAUUAUUGGGAACUUAGAAAAUUAUCCACUAAUCAAAAAGAAGAUUCUUCCAAUUAUCAACAAUCUGAGGAUAUACACUAUUGAUAAGGUGAAAUUGUUAAUCUUAUUAAUGGUUAGAUUUCCAAAUCAACAGAACGAUUUCAACCAAUGGAUUAACCAAUUAAAUGAUCCAACUUAUACUCAACCACCAAUAACAAAGAGUCAACAUUUAUUACUUGAAAGUUUCAAGCUGAAGAAAUUGUUCCCCCAUUAUAACUUUGAAGCUUCAUUGUCAGAUCAGUCCAACUCCAAUGAAGAAGGUGGAAUAGGAGGAGGAUCGAAUUUCUUUAAUAAAGCAAAAAUUAAUACUUUAUUUGGUGGGAACCAUUCAAAUAAAUCGGAGAAUAAUGAUAAUAUAUAUAUGCAAUAUACUCCUCGGUUGAAGUCAGUACUAGCUAAUAUAUUACAUCAUCAGUCGGUCCAAUCGUCCAGCCAAUUCACUAAAUUGGUUCCAGAUAAAGUUAAUAACCAAUAUGGUAAUUAUGAUGGAGCUAUUAAAGAUAUCAUCAUAUAUUUCAAAGGAGGAAUCACUUAUGAAGAAUCAAGAAUUGUCUAUGAACUUCAACAAAAGUAUCCAAGCGUUAACUUGAUUAUUGGAGGUGAUAAAAUCAUUAACAGUAACGAUUGGUUAAACAUAUUGUAUGAUAAAGUCAAUGAUUUACCCCAAUCAGGUAACAAUAAUCAAGUACUUGAUCUUUUAUAA